GCUAGCUCUCUCCUCUCUACACACACGACGACGCACGGGGGUCCGACUCCGAAACAGAGAUUACCAUAAUGAAACAAAUCUCCUGGAAUAAAGUGGGAUUCUCCGUGGUGUUGCAGGAACAUGAGCGUCUCUCCACAAGUCUAUAUUCCGUUGCAGCACGUUGUUCUAUUUAGUUUGGGGAGACAAAGAAAAACAUGUCGCCAACUUCUGUAGUCGAACAUUUCUUGUUUUGUAAUAGAAGACGAGGCGCACUUAAACUUUAGAUGGAUCGGAGUAUGGGACGUUCGUUUCUUCGUUCUUCGAAGCCGUACAAACACGUAAUGAAAUGAUUCCUUGCGUUGCCGAAAAUUCAGUUGAAUAACAAUUAAACUCAUUAUUCCAACAUCCUCUGAUGUUUGCUGGAUAUCAUUGAGACACAUUAUGGACACGGAAUGUUGGAUUCCAUCAAGUAUUGACUGAGGACGCGCGGUUGAGGAACAUUAACACUCAAUAGAAACAGGCUCAUCACUGUUCCCAAAGUUUACAGGAAUGGGGCCUUCCGUAGUAUUACUCGUCGUUGCGGUUUGCGGUUGGGCUGAAGGUUCGUCCCUCCACUACUCAGAGGGCCGCUCCAACCGCCUGCUGUCCCUGGAUAAGACGUUUGGUCGUCCUGCUAAACACUCUCAGUGUCACCACAUGUUGAAGCAUCUCCACCACGGGGCCCGGAUCACCGUCCAGAUUCCCCCCAACAUAGAGGGACACUGGGUCUCCACCAGCUGUGAGGUACGUCCUGGCCCAGAGUUCCUGACGCGGUCGUACCGGUUCUUCCCCAACAACACGUUCCAGGCCAACCAGUUCUACUACAGGGACAACCACUGCACCACCCCCACCUACACCCUGGUGGUCCGGGGACGGCUGAGGCUCAGACAGGCCUCCUGGAUCAUCAGAGGAGGAACAGAGGCUGACUACCAGAUCCACCGCACACAGGUGGUGUGUCACAGUGCAGAGGUGGCCAAGGACCUGAGCCAGCGGUUGAACUGGAGCUGUCGGGGCGCCAUGAGGAGCAAAGCACCAUGGGAACCCAAUGUAAACUAUGAGCUGUGGAGUGAGGAGGGUGGCUGUGACUGUUCCAGGGAGCUCAACUUCUCCAUGCACGAGUUGCAGCUGCAGCGUGUGGAGAAACAGUACCUCCAUCAUAACGUGGAUCACCUGGUUGAGGAGCUGUUUCUAGGAGACAUCCACACUGAGAAAUCCCAGAGGAUUUAUUAUAGGCCGUCUAGCUAUCAGGCUGCGUUACAACAUGCUAAGAACCAUGACCCCGGCUGCGUCGCCUGUCUUAUCAUCUACCGGUCGGAUGAGUUCCACCCUCCCAUCCUGGCGCCGCGGGUGGACAUGACAGUGGGGCUGACUGGCCAGUGGGUGAGCCAGCGCUGUGAGGUCCGUCCUGAGGUCCUCUUCCUGACCCGUCACUUCCUCUUCCAUGACAACAACCAGACCUGGGAGGGCCACUACUACCACUACUCUGACCCCAUCUGCAAACACCCCUCCUUCAGUAUCUACGCUAGAGGGAGGUACAGCCAAGGGACGCACUCUACUAGAGUUAUGGGAGGCACGGAGUUCGUCUUCAAAGUGAACCACAUGCGUGUGUUGCCCAUGGACCUGGCCACCACUUCUCUCCUCAACGUGUUCAACGGUAACGAGUGUGGCGCCCAGGGCUCCUGGGAGGUCGGAGUUGAACAGGACGUCACCCUGACCAAUGGCUGCGUGGCGUUGGGGAUCCGCCUCCCACACACAGAGUACGAGCUGUUCCGCAUGGAACAGGAUGCCCAUGGACGAUACCUCCUAUACAACGGACAGAGACCCUCGGACGGGUCCAGCCCCAACCGUCCGGAUAAACGAGCGACCUCGUACCAGAUGCCCCUGGUCGAGUGUUCCGCUAGCAGUCAGAGGUCAGAGGGCAUGGGAGAGGAGGAUGAGGACCGACACCUUAGGCUGAGUAAUGGUGGAACACCGUGGAACCAGAACAGCAGGAACUUUGCUGUGGUUCUCACAUCGUUGGUUUCACUUCUGUUGUUCCUUUGCCAUAGUUAAGGAACAGACUGACUGACUAAAGUCUCUAUUUUUUUACAUAGAGACACUGACGAGAGACGUUAGUGUGAAUGUGUACUGUGUACUGUGGAACAUGAGAGAGGAUUCUAUUCUACCCCUGAGAUAACGAACUACUGUAGCUUCUACCCUGUGGGAAAGGAGACUGCUUCUGUGACUUAAACGCACUUGAACUUUUUCAAGGAGCUCUUUUUGGCUCCUUGAACGUUGUGGAAGCUGGGGGUUGACAACGUGGAGGGCGAGUGGAGAGAGGGAGGGUGAGGGGGCGAGGGGAGAGAGGAGGGCGAGUGGAGGUUUGUGGUAUAUGACCUUGUGUAUAUAUAUAUAUAUAUAUAUAUAUAUACACACACACACACACCACACCUUUCAGGCCUUAUUGCUUAACUGUAGAAGCACACUGCUCAAAAAAAUAAAGGGAACACUAAAAUAACACAUCCUAGAUCUGAAUGAAUGAAAUAUGCUUAUUAAAUACUUUUUUCUUUACAUAGUUGAAUGUGCUGACAACAAAAAGCACGCAAAAAUUAUCAAUGGAAAUCAAAUUUAUCAACCCACGGAGGUUCUGGAUUUGGAGUCACACUCAAAAUUAAAAGUGGAAAACCACACUGUGAUUGACUUGGAGUUACAUUGUGUUUAAGUGUUCCCUUUAUUUUUUUUGAGCAGUGUAUCUGGUUGUGUUCAUUUCAGACCCACCUUGUAUCUGUCGGACAGAAGAUGUUUUCUACAGCAAUAUUACAAAUAUCACAUUCUUAUUGGUACGACAAGUAGAUGAAAUAAGAUACAUGUAUAUGUAAAAAGCAAUAAUAUACUAUAUUUCAUUGUUAGAAAAUAAUGAAGAUGAACGUGAGCUCCCAUGUAUGGGUUCAGAGUUGAAAGGGUUCAGAGGUGAAAGGGUUCAGAGGUUAAAGGGUUCAGAGGUUAAAGGGUUCAGAGGUUAAAGGGUUCAGAGGUUAAAGGGUUCAGAGGUGAAAGGGUUCAGAGGUGAAAGGGUUCAGAGGUGAAAGGGUUCAGAGUUGAAAGGGUUCAGGGGUUAAAGGGAAAUACAUUAUCCAUACAAUAGGACUAGGGAUAAUGACAUCACCUACAUUAUCAGAGACUUCCUUGACUAAUAUAACGUAACCAAUAUGCUACUGUUUCGACUCCUCAACCCGAUACCAAAAAAAGAACAAAUGUCAAAUUAAACACCACUUGUUGCUCUAACCCCAUAAAGAAACAUUUCAUGUACAGGUCAGCAGUUAUGCCACAUUUAGAAAUGAUGGUGGGGUUUUGAUUUAUUUAAGUAAAGUAGGGUACUCCUUAAACAACCUCUUCAUCACAGGGUGUACAGUAUGUAUAACAAUUAAAGAAUUGAUACUGUAAACAGUUUAUAAUGGCCUCAUUGAGAUUUGAUAGUGUACACUGGUAAUAAUGGCCUCAUUGAGAUUUGAUAGUGUACACUGGUAAUAAUGGCCUCAUUUUGUUUCAGAGUUUUGUCGUCAGAAGCGUAAACAGCACCAAGUUCAAACAGGGGUGUGGCCAAGUUCAAACAGGGGUGUGGCCAAGUUCAAACAGGGGUGUGGCCAAGUUCAAACAGGGGUGUGGCCAGUGUUUCUGUGCCUGCAGGAUUUUGUUACAGCCUGAUUGUACUAAUCAACUGAUUGGUUCUAGCCAAAGCCUGCACCCACACACUAGCCCUGGCAUAUGUUUCCCCAACCCUGUACAAGCAAUAUAUCAUUAUAUUUAUGAGCACAAGUUUAAUUUGAACCUUUUAUUUAACUAGGCAAGUUAAUUAACAACAAAUUAUUAUUUACAAUGACAGCCUAGAGAGUAGCUAGGGACAGUUGAAGCCCUCUACAGCCUAGAGGGUAGGUAGCUAGGGACAGUUGGCCCAGUUGAAGCCCUCUACAGCCUAGAGGGUAGCUAGGGACAGUUGAAGCCCUCUACAGCCUAGAGGGUAGCUAGGGACAGUUCAAGCCCUCUACAGCCUAGAGGGUAGCUAGGGACAUUUGAAGCCCUCUACAGCCUAGAGGGUAGCUAGGGACAGUUCAAGCCCUCUACAGCCUAGAGGGUAGGUAGCUAGGGACAGUUGGCCCAGUUCAAGCCCUCUACAGCCUAGAGGGUAGCUAGGGACAGUUCAAGCCCUCUACAGCCUAGAGGGUAGCUAGGGACAGUUCAAGCCCUCUACAGCCUAGAGGGUAGCUAGGGACAGUUGAAGCCCUCUACAGCCUAGAGGGUAGCUAGGGACAGUUCAAGCCCUCUACAGCCUAGAGGGUAGGUAGCUAGGGACAGUUGGCCCAGUUCAAGCCCUCUACAGCCUAGAGGGUAGCUAGGGACAGUUCAAGCCCUCUAUAGCCUAGAGGGUAGCUAGGGACAGUUCAAGCCCUCUACAGCCUAGAGGGUAGGUAGCUAGGGACAGUUGGACCAGUUCAAGCCCUCUGCAGCCUAGAGGGUAGGUAGCUAGGGACAUUUCAAGCCCUCUACAGCCUAGAGGGUAGGUAGCUAGGGACAGUUGGCCCAGUUCAAGCCCUCUACAGCCUAGAGGGUAGCUAGGGACAGUUCAAGCCCUCUACAGCUGGAGAGGUUUCUACCUUUACACCAUGUUAUCACCACGACAACCCAGAACACUUACCUUACUAUUUAAAGUUAUCUUGUCUGUGUCACGCCCUGAUCUGUUUCACCUGUCCUUGUGCUUGUCUCGAACCCUCCUCUAGGUGUCGCCCAUUCUCCCCUGGGUACCUCUCCCCAUUCUCCCCUGGGUACCUCUCCCCAUUCUCCCCUGGGUACCUCUCCCCAUUCUCCCCUGGGUACCUCUCCCCAUUCUCCCCUGGGUACCUCUCCCCAUUCUCCCCUGGGUACCUCUACCCAUUCUCCCCUGGGUACCUCUACCCAUUCUCCCCUGGGUACCUCUACCCAUUCUCCCCUGGGUACCUCUACCCAUUCUCCCCUGGGUACCUCUACCCAUUCUCCCCUGGGUACCUCUACCCAUUCUCCCCUGGGUACCUCUACCCAUUCUCCCCUGGGUACCUCUACCCAUUCUCCCCUGGGUACCUCUACCCAUUCUCCCCUGGGUACCUCUACCCAUUCUCCCCUGGGUACCUCUACCCAUUCUCCCCUGGGUACCUCUACCCAUUCUCCCCUGGGUACCUCUACCCAUUCUCCCCUGGGUACCUCUACCCAUUCUCCCCUGGGUACCUCUACCCAUUCUCCCCUGGGUACUUGUUCUCUGUCGGUUGCCAGUUUGUCAAGUCAACCUGUAUCAGCUACUGCUUUUCCCCAGUCUCUAUUUCUCGCUCUCCUGGUUUUGACCUUUGCCUGUCCUGACCCUGCCUGCAGUCCUGUACCUUUGACACUACUCUUGAUUACCGACCCCUGCCUGACCUGACCCUGCAGUCCUGUACCUUGGCCCCUACUCUUGAUUAUCGACCCCUGCCUGACCUGACCCUGACUGCAGUCCUGUACCUUGGCCUCUACUCUUGAUUACCGACCCCUGCCUGACCUGACCUGUUGUUUUCCUUCCCCUUGCUGCUGUAAUACACAUUGUUACUUCAACACAGUCUGCAUUUGAGUCUUACCUGAAACGUGAUAGUCUGAUUGUGAGAGUUAUUGACUGAGCCUCAUAAAAUGAGUGCUGAUCUAGGAUCAGGUCCCCCCCCUGUCCAUGUAAUCUUUUUCUUAUUCAUGAAGAUCUUAAAAAUAUAUAUCAUUUAUAUCAUAUUUUUUAUCAAAUGUAUUAUUUUAGCUGGAAAGUUCACCGCUUCUGAUGUUUUGAAUAGAAAUGGUCAUUCAGCCAUUAUUGAUAUAUUGUUUUAAACUGAAACAUGUAUUAGUUUGUCUAAUUUGAAUAAACCCUGUUUGAUUUGAUCUGUAUCAACGUC